UCUGAAGUGGGGGAGGCUAAGUCCUAGAAGGUGGCAAUUUUGCUAGGCCGGCGGCGCGGGGAUCAGGUGGAGAGACCCGGCUGGCCGGGGCUUCGGCCUCAGGCUUCGGGAAAUGGCUACGAGGGGCAGGAUGGAGGACGGUUCCUUGGAUCUCACCCAAAGUAUUGAAGAUGACCCUCUUCUGGACACCCAGCAUCUUCCACACCAUUCAUUACAUGCUCAGUUUAGACCCAGAUUCCAUCCUCUUCCUACCGUCAUCAUAGCGAAUCUUCUCUUAUUAAUACAUGUUGUAUUUGUCAUUUUAGCAUUUUUAACAGGUGUGCUUUGUUCUUACCCUAAUCCAAUUGAGGACAAGUGCCCAGGAAACUAUACCAAUCCACUGAAGGUUCAGACAGUCAUAAUCCUUGGAAAAGUUAUUUUGUGGAUUCUGCAUUUCCUUCUUGAACGCUAUAUCCAGUAUCACCACAACAAAGUCAGAAACCGAGGCUAUAACAUGAUCUACCUAGCUACGAGGCAUCUUAAAGGACUUGCACUGAUGAUACACUCAACCGGCAGCACAGCUCUCCUCCUCGUGCUGUGCAUGCAGCACUCCUUCCCGGAGCCCAGCAGGCUGUAUCUUGACCUCAUCCUGGCCAUCCUGGGCCUGGAACUGAUCUGUUCCCUGACCUGUCUGCUCAUUUACACAGUGAAAAUUCGAAAAUUUAAUAAAGCCAAACCACAACCUGAUGUACUUGAAGAAGAAAAAAUAUAUGCUUACCCCAGCAAUAUUACCUCGGAGACUGGAUUCAGGCCUAUUUCAAGCCUAGAAGAGAUCGUCGAAAAGCAAGGAGACAUAAUUGCCUACCUGAAGCGACACAAUGCCCUGUUGAGUAAGCGCUUGUUUACUUUCACUUCCUCUGACCUUGACUCUCCGCCUGGUCACGUGUGAUCUGCUCAAGGUCAGGAAAGCAGUUGCAGAGGAAUGCAGAGGAAUCUAAGACUGAUCGAUGACCUGGCCAGCUAUCCUCAGGAAUGCCAGUUUUUGCCAGAUAACAUUUGACAAUUUUGGUUGGAAACUUUAAUUUUGCUCUCACCUGCAUGGCUCUUUAGUAGGUGAAACUUUUGGGUCACUUGAAAAGUAUUUCGUAGAGCCUGCAUAUCUCGAGGAGAACGUCUGUUUUUGCACAUUUU